AUGCAAUCUCUAUCAGUUGUAGUUCUACUUACCAUUUUGGGUAUCGCUACAGGUCAGCAAAACCCAAUGAUGUGCAAUUUCUGCUUGACGAUUAUAACCAAUACCCAAGACACAUUUGGACCUGCUAUCGUCAACGCCACCGAUUUACAACUGCUGCGGUACUUCCGCAAGGAAUGCCCACGCUAUGCCAUCAAAUCGGCUAUGAUGGCAGGAGAAUGUGAAGUCCUUGUCAGCUAUCAUCCCUUAGUGCUCUUUCGAGAUCUUCGAGCUCAAAAAGAAGCGUCAGAUACUUGCAAAGAUUGCAAUUCGUGUUAG